CGGAUGGGUCCAAGGCUUCCCCGCUAGCCCAGAAGCGAGCAGAGGCCGGGCUGCUGCGGGAAGGCAGCACUCCGCAGCACGUGCAAAAGGGGAAGGGGUGGAGGUUGUUAUUGAGAGGAAAAAAAAAUCAGCCACAGCAGAGCUUCAGCUGCCGACAAAGGUUGGCUUGCCACCUGGGGGAACUGGGGCACGAACUGCAGCCACUGCCCAGGAGGUGCCAAGAGGCCCCCCGGUGCCCAGCUGGGGAGGUGCCCGCUACAGAGAGACCCACAGUCAGCGACCAGCACGCAGGACAAGCCCUCCUGGGUCAGGAGCCAUGGCGUGGCCCGCUCCCUGCUGGCUGUGCGUGCUGGGGACGCUGGCAAGCCUUUCAGCAACAUCAGCCUUGGACGGCUGUCCAGAGGGACAAUACCGGGCCCAAGGACAACAGUGCUGCCGGAUGUGUGAGCCAGGCACAUUCUUGGUGAAGGACUGUGAAGAACACACACAGGCCACGCAGUGUAAGCCAUGCAUCCCCGGGGUCUCCUUCUCUCCGGACCACCAUAGCCGGCCCCACUGUGAGAGCUGCCGCCACUGCAACUCUGGUCUUCUCAUCCAUAACUGCACCAUCACCACCAAUGCCGAGUGCACCUGCCCCAGUGGCUGGCAGUGCAGGGACAAAGAGUGCACUGAGUGUGAUCCUCCUGCACACCGCUCACUGACCACCCAGCCUUCUCAGGACCCAGGCCGACGACAACAGACCACUCACUUACCUUAUGCCGAAAGGACGCCAGAGGCCAGGGUAGACAGGCCUGGACAGACUCCAGCUGACCUGCGGCAGCUGCCUGCUCCGGAUGUUCCAACCCACCGGCCAGCACACAGGUCCCCUUGCAGUUCAGACUGCGUUCACAUUGCUGUCAUCUUCUCCGGAAUGUUUCUUGUUUUCACCGUGGGUGCAACCCUGCUUCUCCAUCAACAGAGAAAAUACGGUUCAAACAAAGGAGAGGGCGCAGGGGUACCUGCCGAGUCUGGAACCUACAGCUGCCCCAGGGAGGAGGAAGGCAGUGCCAUCCCUAUCCAAGAGGAUUACCGGAAACCAGAGCCUGCUUAUUACCCCUGAGCCUGCACUGGGGUGCAGAUGGGGGGUGAGAGGGGGCAUGAGGGGGGCGGUAGGCUCAUCACUGCAAGAAAACCCUCACCUCCACCCCCCCUACCACAGGCCAGCCAGAGAAUGAGAUGGGGCAGCCUCAGUGUUGGGACCACCCUCUCGCCAGGACCCUUUCUGGUGUAACAGACUGGACCAAGUAUGCCUUUUUGAGACUGGCAGUGACAAAGACAGGAGCCCUGGGUAUGCCCUGGCCCAGCCAGCUUCGCUCCUGCUGCAAGGCCCUGGCUGCAACAUGCACUUGUAGCCUGGAAAGCCUCAUGUACUGUUCUUGCUGACCUGCAAAAUAAAGUGAGGGACCACCAGCGCUCCAGCUUUCUCUCUGGAAGUCCCAACCUCAGCUGGCAGCCUCUCCUGGUCUCUACAGGAAGACCAGCGGUCUAAGGGAGGAGACUUCUCCCUCUAAUCUGCACUGGGACCGACCAAGGGGAAGAGGAG